AUGUCGAAUGAAACCGAUUGUCAAUAUUUAUUUAAAUUUAUUUUAAUUGGAACAAGUGGUGUUGGUAAAACAUGUCUUAUGAUGAGGUUUGCAGACGAAAUUUAUGAAACAAAUCAAGCCAGUACAAUUGGUGUGGAUUUUAAAAUAAAAACUAUAGUCAUCGAUAAUAAAAAAAUAAAACUGCAAAUUUGGGACACUGCAGGACAAGAAAGAUUUAGAGCUAUUGUAUCGAAUUAUUAUAGGGGAGCACACGGUAUACUUGUGGUAUUUGAUAUGACAAAUAAAGAUUCAUUUACCAGUUUAGAUGAAUGGAUAGGAGAAAUAAAAAAGAACACUAAAGAAUCUGUAGAGUUAUUGAUACUUGGUAAUAAAAUUGACAAAGCAUCCGAAAUAGUCAUUUCAGAUGAGGAAAUUGCAAAUUUUUUGGAGAAGCACAAAAUUAAAAAAGAAAGUUUUGUCAAAACAAGUGCUAAAGAAAAUCUUAAAGUAUUCGAAGCUUUUGAAACAUUAGCAAAACGCCUUAUUAGUAAAUUUGAAAGUGGGAAUUUUGAUAGUUCAAAAAAAGAAGGAUUUAACUUAAGAAGCGGUGAUAAAGAAGGCGGUAGAUGCUGUAUGUGA